UAUAAUUUGUGGUGGAAAGGGAUCAUCACGAAAGUACGUCAGUCAUUACCCAAUGCAAGCCCUAGUGGCGCCUGAUACGUAGGCAACAUCUUCCCUGCAGUGUAUGUGCGCACAGCGGGGUGACCUAUGCCGCGAUUUUCGAAAUGAAUCCGACGAAAGCACGUACUUACUGGACGUUCCUAAAGGCAACAUCCAUUUAAUUGUUUGAGGGCAGUAUGAAAUGAUGAAAUUUACAAACAAAAUUUGCAAUCACACAAUGAAUAUACCUUUAUUCCACAGGUUUGACUAACAACCUUCACUGUAUAGAUGCAGCGCCAACAGCGCAGGCCUGCCAACGUUUUUAUUUUGUCAUGACCAGUGCGCUUCCCUAUGGUUCCCAUGGCAACUACCCACCCGUAUUCCCGCUUUACCCGUAGGUCAAUACGGGCAACGGGCCACGGGACGGGGGCUGUGCGCAUCUGUCCGACCAAAACAAACGGUUUACCUUGAAUGAAAGAAUGAUUCAUUGAUGCAUACGAUAGCCUGUUUAAGUUUUAAAAUGUCGGUGUCAUGGCGACAAACCGUCUGAAAGACAUUAUUUAGGACAUCAAACGAAAUAAAUCAAUUUGUGAACAUUGCACAGGACUUUAUGAUUAUUAAAAAUGGAAGUAGAAUAUGUGUAUACCAAAAAGAGAAGCGAAUUUGGUCGCCAAUGUUUAUUUGCCGAAAGCGGCACAAAGCUUCUCGAAAACAUCGCUCCAAACAAGGACCUCCUAAAUCAGUAUGUCCUGGAGAAUCCCGUUCACAGAGGGACUCAACUCAGCAGAGAAUAUGCGGAACAUGAGGUCAACACCGUCCGGGCCGAGUACACACAGCACGGCUGCAACCACACUGAGGGUGGCUGGCCCCGGGACAUCAACAUCGCCGACCUGGAGCAAACCCAGAGGUUCCGCAAGAAGGUCGAGAAGGACGACAGUUACAUCAACACCGUUUUGCAGCUCUCCAACUCGAUGGAGUUCUGCAUCCUGCAAAACAACGCAUUCAACAUCUACGAGAUGUACUUCGACGACCUGGAGUCGGGCUGCCUCGUGGACAAGUCGUCCGCGCGCACCGUCAACAUGUACCGCGACCCCUGCCCCAUCAAGCGGCCCGUCACGCACGUGUCCUGGUCGCCUGACGGCGGCUCGCGCAUCGCAGUCACGCACUGCAAUUUCGACUUUCAGCGUGCGCCAUCUGACCUGAGUACGGCGUCGUACAUCUGGGAAGUCGAGAACCCCAACAAACCGGAGCACACAUUCCAAUGGCCGGUGGCCAUGUCCUGCCUGGAGUACAGCCCCAAGGACCCCCACAGCCUGGUGAGCGGGCUGCUGAGCGGCCAGGUGGCCUGCUGGGACACGCGUCGCGGCGCCGAGCCCGUCGACGUCUCCGUGCUGGAGACGAGCCACCGGGACCCCGUGCACAACUGCAUCUGGAUCAACUCCAAGUCGGGCACCGAGUUCUUCUCCUCGUCGAUGGACGGGCAGGUCAAGUGGUGGGACACGCGCAAGAUGGAGGAGCCCCUCGAGACGCUCGUGCUCGACGCCAACAAGGACGAGCAGCUGCUGUCCCGGGCGAUGGGCGCCUCCAGCCUGGAGUACGAGCCCACCAUCCCGACCCGCUUCAUGGUGGGCACGGAGAACGGCAUGGUGCUGGCCUGCAACCGCAAGGGCAAGACGCCCGCCGAGAAGAUGUCCAUGCAGUUCAAGGCGCACCCGGGGCCGGUCGUGGCCCUGCAGCGGAACCCGGGCUUCAUCAAGAACUUCCUGUCCGUGGGCGACUGGACGGCUAGGAUCUGGUCCGAGGACUGCAGGGAGAGCGCCAUCAUGUGGACGAGCUACCACCCCGCCCUGCUCACGGAUGGCUGCUGGAGCCCCACCAAGCUGUCCGUGUUCUUCACGACGCGCAUGGACGGCGUCCUGGACGUGUGGGACAUCCUGCAGCAGCAGCGUGAGCCGUGCCUCAGCAUCAAGGUGUGCGACGAGGCGCUGCGCUGCAUGCGGGUGCACGAGGUGGGCCAGCUUGCGGCCAUCGGCAACGACAAGGGCAACGUGUGCCUGAUAGAGUUCUCCGAGAACCUCGCCGUCACCAACAAGAACGACAAGACCCUGCUGACGCACAUGUUCGAGCGGGAGAGCAGGAGGGAACGCAUCCUGGAGGGCAAGAGCCGCGAGCAGAGGUUGAAGGCGAAGGUGCACGGCAGCGAGACGGCCGUCAAGGGGCCCAAGACGAACCAGAGCGCCGAGUUCCGAGCACAAGCGGAGAGGGACUUCUUUGCCAUCGUCAACAAAGAGAUCCAGCAGAUGGCACAGGCUUCAGAGAACAUGCCCACGCCGCUGGACCAGGCCGACAUGGGCAUGGCCGAGGACGGCGCUGCCGGGAGAAAGGCCAGUGUGGCCGGGCUCCCCGCUGGCUCCAGGAGGGCAUCCUCGGAGGCGCCGGGAGGUGCCUCGCCGAGGGGGCGCAGGGCGUCGGACGCGAUCGGCGGGUCGCCCAAAGGGUCGCUGAGACCAGAGGAUGUGGCGGGAGGCGCAGGUUCACGAGCAGUUUCACAGAGCUCAGAGAGUCAGGCCUCACAAAAGGCCUCGCCAGAGGCCUCGCUCCAAGCACCAGAGGCCGGAGCCUCGGCUCCAGCAUCGCCCAGGCCGAGUCAGGCUGAGGACGGCGCCAGCCCAGGACAGCAGUCCAAACGCAGCUCCAAAUCAUGAGUUGAAACCACACAAACUUGCUUCUGGUAAAUCAACCAUCACUGCAGCUUGUUAAAAUGAUGAGUCGAGGAGAUGACGCAAGUCCAGCGUGGACUUAAGUCGUGCCUAUGUUUU